UUUGAAUGAGAGAGAGAGAGAGAGGGGAGCAGAACCAAUGUACAUCUAAACAAAACUCUGAUGAUUUCAGUUCGAUAUAAUAGUUUAUUAGUUGAGUUAUUUUAGAUAAAAUGAAGAUGAAGAUGCUGUGUCCGUUGGCUGUGGUUUUCGCAUCACUGAUCUGCGGUCAGGCUCAGCAGAGAGGUCUGUUUCCUGCUAUCCUGAACCUCGCCAGCAAUGCGGAGAUCUCCACCAACGCGACCUGUGGCGAACCCCUUCCCGAGAUGUACUGUAAACUAGUGGAGCACGUUCCCGGAAGACGAAUCCGUAACCCUCAGUGUCGGCUGUGUGACGCUAACAGCCAGAAUCCCAAAGAGCAACAUCCCAUCACGAACGCCAUCGACGGCACUAACCAGUGGUGGCAGAGCCCGAGCAUCAAGAACGGGCGUCAGUUCCACUGGGUCACCAUCACCCUGGACUUACGACAGGUCUUCCAGGUCGCCUACGUCAUCAUCAAGGCGGCGAACUCCCCGCGACCCGGGAACUGGGUUCUGGAGCGCUCUCUGGACGGGCGGGACUUCCAGCCGUGGCAAUACUACGCCAUCAGCGACACCGAGUGUCUGACCCGCUACAACGUCACGCCACGCCUCGGCCCGCCCACGUACAAGAGGGACGACGAGGUCAUCUGCACAUCUUAUUACUCGCGACUGGUGCCGCUGGAGCACGGAGAGAUCCACACGUCUCUGAUUAACGGGCGUCCCAGCGCUGACGAUCUGACCCCAGAACUGCUGGACUUCACCUCGGCUCGGUUCAUUCGCCUGCGCCUGCAGAGGAUCCGGACGCUCAACGCCGACCUCAUGACCCUCAGCUACCGCGACCCCCGAGACGUCGACCCCAUCGUCACGCGCCGGUAUUAUUACUCCAUCAAGGACGUCUCGGUGGGCGGGAUGUGCAUCUGUUAUGGCCACGCCCAGAGCUGCCCAUGGGACCCCGUUACCAAGAAACUGAAGUGUGUGUGUGAGCACAACACUUGUGGUGAGAGCUGUAAUGAGUGUUGCCCUGGAUACCAUCAGGAGCCGUGGCAACCAGGAACGCUUUCUAAAGGAAACACAUGCGAGAAGUGUAAUUGUCACAACAAGGCCGACGACUGUUUCUACAACCAGACGGUGGCGGAUCUGAGGCUGAGCUUGAACACGCAGGGCCGGUUUGCGGGUGGAGGAGUGUGUGUGAACUGCUCCCAGAACACCGCGGGAGUGAACUGCCAAACCUGUGCCGACGGAUACUACAGACCACACCAGGUGUCUCCGUACUCCGACAGCCCGUGCGUUGAGUGUGAGUGUGACGCGAGAGGUUCAGCGACCCCCGUGUGCAUCAGAGACGAUGAUCACGCGACCCUCGACACAGGUCUGUCUGCAGGUCAGUGUGUGUGUAAGGAGGGUUUUGCGGGCGAGAAGUGUGACCGCUGUGCGUUCGGCUUCAGAGAUUUCCCACAAUGCACUCGCUGCGAGUGUAACCUGGAUGGAAGCCACAACAGCGACCCCUGCAAGGAGUGUGUGUGCAAGGAUAACGUGAUGGGCUCGAACUGUGAUCUGUGUAAGCAGGGUUUCUAUAACCUGCAGGCCAGUAAUCCCGAGGGCUGCACCGAGUGUUUCUGUUUCGGCGUGUCAGACGUGUGCGAGAGCUCGACCUGGUUCACCAGCUCGGUGGUUCACCGAGACGCGCUCCUCCUUCGGUCUCCUCAGAGCUCCAGCAUCUUCACAUCUCAGAUCUCAGACGAGAACAUGAUCGUGUCCAACGGCUCGGUGUCCGCAGGCGUCCCGUCGCUGUGGUCGUGGGCCGCGCCGGAGCCGUUCCUCAACAACAAGCUGACGUCGUACGGCGGCUUCUUGAACUACAGCGUUGCGUACGACACAUCUGAGGAGAACGUGGUCAAAACGCUGAGCUCAGAUUUCAGUGUAAUAAUUGAGGGUAACGGGCGAACGCUGAGACAGACGCCGUCCUCUCGCCUGCUUCUGAACGCUCACACCGAGCAGCUGGUCUCGAUGCGCAUUCUCCCGCACGCGUUCACCGACGCCCACAGCGGCAGGAGCGUUCAGCGGGACGAGCUAAUGACGCUGCUAGCGGAUGUCGCCGCGCUACGGGUUCAAGCUCAGCUGGAGGCUAGCGCUGAGGGAACGCUACGGUUGAGUGGCGUGUCUCUAGGAGUUGCGGACACACACUCCGGUCCGGCUAAACUCCCUCUGGAUGUGGAGCAGUGCGAGUGUCCGUGGGGAUAUUCAGGAUCUUCCUGCGAGUACUGUAUUCCCGGGUUUUAUCGGGUCGGUGGGAUUCUGUUCGGAGGAAACUGUCUUCAGUGUGAGUGUAACGAUCACGCCAGCGAGUGCGACAUCAACGGAGAGUGUCUGGACUGCAAACACAACACCCGCGGGCCGCACUGCGAUCUCUGCGAUCCGGGCUUCUAUGGAGACGCCAGUGAGGGAACGCCAGACGACUGCCGGAGAUGCUCCUGUCCACUCACACUGGAGUCUAACAAUUUCAGCCCCACGUGUGUGCUUCAGCGUCCCGGAGAGGUCGUGUGUGAUCAGUGUCCGCUGGGAUACGCCGGACACAAGUGUGAGAGGUGUGCGGACGGUUACUACGGCGACCCGACGGUCCCGGGCCAGCGCUGCUCGGUGUGUGAGUGCAACGGGAACGUGGACCGGUCUGAAGCGGGCCACUGCGACGGGCUCACGGGCGAGUGUGUGAAGUGUGUGUUCAACACGGCGGGCCGGCACUGCGAGCGCUGCCAGGACGGGUUCUACGGGGACGCCGUCACACACAAAAACUGCCAGGCCUGCGGUUGCUAUGGUAACGGGUCUCUGUCCGCCGUCUGUAACGUCAUCACGGGUCAGUGUGAGUGUAAAGCCAACGUCGUCGGACAAACGUGUGACCGCUGUCUGGCUGGUUAUUAUGGUAUUAACAGUGGCGAUGGCUGCAGACUGUGUGAAUGUAACCAAUCGGGCUCUGUGUCUGGGUCAUGUGACGAGGAGGGGCGGUGCCGAUGCAUCACUGGAGUGACAGGUGACAAAUGUGAUCGAUGUCAGCGCGGAUAUUACAACUUUAGAGAGAACGGAUGCACACCGUGUGACUGCGCACACACACACGGGAACUGUAACGCAGAGACGGGCGAGUGUAUCUGCCCUCCACACACACACGGGCCGAAGUGUGAAGAGUGUGAGGAAGGUCACUGGGGUCACGACGGCGUGUCCGGCUGUAAGGCGUGUGACUGCAGUCCUGUCGGCUCGAACUCGUCUCAGUGUGAUCUGCUGUCGGCUCAGUGUCGCUGCAACACACACUUCUCCGGCCUCAAGUGUGACCGCUGCGCUUUGGGCUUCAGAAACUUCCCAGAAUGCACCGCCUGCGACUGCGACCCGGCCGGCACGCGCGAGGACUUCUGCGACGGCUCGCUGGGAGUGUGUGGGUGUGAGGAUCACGGACGGUGUUCCUGCAAGGAGAAUGUGGGCGGCAGGGGAUGUGACGAGUGCAAGAGCGGGACGUUCGGUCUGACGGCGGAGAACCCGUCCGGCUGCAGUCCGUGCUUCUGCUUCGGGGUGUCCAGUGUGUGUGAGGAGCUGAGCGGCCUGAUCCGAGUGCCGGUGGCGCUGGGUCCUGCCCCGCCGCUGCUGCGUGUCGUGUCUCAGAGUGACCAGCAGGGGACGCUGGAGGGCGUUUAUUACUCGCAGGAGGAGAUGCUGUUGGACGCGGCUCACCUGCACAGUCUGUCUGUGCUCACCGGACCCUUCUACUGGAGACUGCCGCCCAAAUACCACGGUAACAAGCUGCUGUCGUACGGAGGAAGACUCUCCUUCACCAUCGCCUUCUUCGCUCUCGAUGGCGUCGGGCUGGCCAAUCACGAGCCUCAGGUUCUGAUGAGGGGCGGACACCUGCGCAAGUUAGUCAUCUACACCGACGCUCCCGCGCCGCAGAACGGCGUCCGCACCGAACAGGAAGUUCCUCUGACCGAGCACAAGUGGAAGUAUUUCAACUCCGUGUCGGAUGAAGCCGUGAGCCGCGCCGACUUCAUGUCUGUGCUGAGUAACGUGGAGUACGUCCUCAUCAAAGCCUCGUACGGAUCCGGACUGCAGCAGAGCCGGAUCUCCAACAUCUCGCUGGAAGUGUCUCUGGAUGCGGAUGACGUCCCCGAGGGAGGAGCCGGAGGAGUGGCUCGACUGGUGGAGGCGUGCGAGUGUCCGCUGGGAUACGCCGGGCUCUCGUGUCAGGAGUGCUCUCCGGGUUAUUACCGGCAGGCCGUGUCCGAGCUCAACAUGAAGGGCCGAGACCGGCCGCUCAUCCGGCCCUGCGUCCCGUGCCGGUGCAACAACCACAGUGUGUCAUGUGACCUGGAGACGGGCCAAUGUCUGGGAUGCCAGCACAACACCGCAGGAGAGCACUGUCACCUGUGCGCCGCAGGGCAUUAUGGGAAGGUUCAGGGUUCGGUCAGCGACUGCUCGCUGUGUGCCUGUCCACUGCGAGGUCAAAGCUUCAGCACCACGUGUGUGUUAGAGGGCGCUGGAGAUUUCCGCUGCGACCGCUGUGAGGAGGGAUACGAGGGCCGCUACUGUGAGAGGUGUUCGGUGGGUUACCAUGGCGACCCGUCGGAGCCGGGCGGCCGGUGUCAGGUGUGCCGGUGUAACGGGACCGGGUCGGUGCACGGUGUGUGUGACGGACGCACGGGCCGGUGCGAGUGCAAGCCUGGGGUCAGAGGUCAUCUGUGUGACCAGUGUGAGGAGAGACACGUGCUGGUCAGCGAGCAGUGUGUGUCGUGUGAUGACGGAUGCACAGGACUGCUGUUGGACGAUCUGGACUCUCUAGACGGGUCAGUCGCGUCCCUAAACCUGUCGGGUGUCAUCAUCGCCCCCUACAGCCAGCUCUUGACGCUCGAGAACCAGACCCGAGAGGUCAAGAGUUUGAUGUCGUGGGAUCAGAGCCCAGAUCAUCACCUGACCGCAGGAGAGCGAAGCUUGAGACGCCUGAGCGAUGGCAUCACUGACCUGCAGCAACAGGUCCAGAGUGUGUUGGAUGGCAGUGAAGCGGUGCUGCUGAAGGCUGAGGAGAAGCUCUCGCUGGGCAAACAGCUGCUGGAGCUCAUCAGGAACACUCACUCCGCCAUCACCGGCCUGACGGAGCAGGUUCGCUCUGUGAACGUGACGACGGACGCUGAUCUCGACGGCACGAACGACACGUUCCUGAUGGAGGAGAUGAACGCGACGCUGGAGAGGAUCAGGACCGUCAGUCUGACACACUGCAGUGCGACUGCGCAGCGCCAACUCAGUUCUGCAGUGUCUGUUCUGCGGAGGGUUCAGGAGGAGAUUGCACAUCCGCUCGUACAGAACCAGUUCAGACUGGAGAACAUCUCCUCCACCCUCGGGAGACUCGAGCGUCAGAUCCUGCAGAUCCAGGAGAUCAUCAACACGAGCGAGAGCCACAAUAACCAGAGCCGUCGCCUGACGGAGCAGAUCCAGACCAGCCUGAGCCGGCUCGCGAUCUCCAGCAACAAUGUCAACAAUCUGAACCAGGAAGUAGAAACACAAGUACAGGAAGCUCAAGACCUGCUGAGUGAUGCCCUCAAUAUAGCAGAAAACAUGGACAACGGGACGGAUACUCUGGAUGAGAUGAAGAACCAUCUUGAAGGCUGGAGUGUGAAUCUCAGGAAGCAUGUGGACACUUUAGUGAUGGAUUUGACCAAAAGAGACGCCCUGCAGAUGGUGUACCGGGCCGAGGAUCACGCGCAAGCCCUCAGCAAACAGGCACAAGCCCUUAACAGUUCUCUAUCCGAGGUCAGAUCUGCAUCAGUGAACGCGACCAGCGUCAGUCAGACCAACAGCAACAUCAGAGAAAACAUUCAGAUGGCGGGAGAUCUGGCUCACGCCGCCAAUCACAGCGCAAGCUCCGCCCUCAAUCUGACGUCGGAGCACUCGCUCACUGCGCAGGGGACGAGGGCGCUCCGGGCGAGCGGGGAGAUUCGGGACGCCAGCGGAGCCCUGGACACACUCACUGCAGGGCUGGUGUUUAACGUCACUGAAGUAACUAGCAGGUUGAGUCGAGUUAGAGCGAAUGUUCAGAACUUCACUCAUUUGCUCCCAGAAGCCAUCAGUGUCCUGAGAAACCUGCCGAACGGCAGCAGAGACGAGGUCCUGGAGGCGCGGCGACGGGCGGAAGCGGUGAACGCGACGCUACAGAGAGCGCUGCGGCGGCUGGAGGAUUACCGCGUGAAGCUAGACGCGUCGUUCUCCGCGGUCGAGUCGGUGAACACCAGCAGCCGGAGCAACAGCCGCCUCAUCCGAGACUCAGAGGAGGCCGCCAGCGCGGCGUCCUCUCGGCUGACCGAGGCCCAUCUGAAGGCGGAGCGGCUGUUCGAGCGGCUGAAGCCUCUGCAGACUCUGGGAGAAACCCUGAGCAGGAACCUGUCGGACAUCCGAGAACUGAUCAACCAGGCCCGCAAACAGGCGGCUUCGAUUAAAGUGGCGGUCUCGGCCGAGCGGGAGUGUGUGAGAGCGUACAGACCCGAGGUGACGUCCAGCAACUUCAACACACUCACGCUGACCGUGAAGACCUCGGACCCGGACAACCUGCUCUUCUACAUGGGCGGCGGCGCCGGCGAGGAUUUCCUGGCGUUGGAGACGCGUGACGGGAAGGUAUCGUUCCUCUGGGACACGGGAUCAGGACACACCCGACUGGAGUAUCCCGCCGUUCAGAUCAACAACGACAAGUGGCACCGGAUCAAUGCAACGCGGUUCGGGAGACACGGGACCCUCAGCGUCCAGCAGACGGACUCGGACCCUCUCCCCGCAGUGAAGAUCUCUGCGUCCGGUCUCUCCACCGUCAUGGACGUCAGCGGAUCCACACGCGUGUUCGUUGGGGGACUCGGUGCUCAGGUCAAGAAACCCCCAGCGGUGAGAGCGACCCAGUUCAGAGGCUGUAUGGGCGAAGCGUCGCUCAACGAGAACAACAUCGGCUUGUGGAACUACGCGGAGAGACAGGGCGAGUGUGGCGGCUGCUUCAUGAGUCCCCGCACUGAGGACACUUCGUUCCACUUGGACGGCAGCGGCUUCUCUGUGGUCCAGAAGUCUCUGCGCUCGAUGUCCACCAGCGUCGUCAUGUUCUUCAGGACUCUCUCUCCCAACGGCCUGAUGCUGUACCUCGCCUCCAACGGCACGAGAGACUUUCUAUCCGUCGAGCUGGUGGAAGGCAAGGUUCACCUGACCUUUGAACUGGGCUCAGGCGCACUCACCAUGACCUCGAACAGGACAUACAACACCGGAUCCUGGUACAGAAUCGCCCUGCAGAGGAACAAGCGCAAAGGUCAUCUAUCGGUGAUGGCCGCGGAUAACCCGUCCGAGAGAGAGGUCAUGGAGGCGGAGUCACCGGGUUUGGCCUCUGACCUCAAUCGCUCCGACCUCGACCCCAUUUACAUCGGUGGAUUGCCAGCCUCUCGACCAAUCAGGCGGCAGGUCGUCGCUCGCUCUUUUGUCGGCUGUAUGAAGAACGUUGAAAUCGCUCGUACAAACUUCGACCUGCUCAGGGAGGCGUACGGAGUGAAGAAAGGCUGUGUCCUCAAGCCCAUCCGCAGCGUGUCUGUGUUCGGCAGUGGUUUUCUGGAGAUGCCCGGUGUUCUGCUGGGUUCCCACACGGAGAUCAUGAGCAGCUUCUCCAGCACACGGGAUCACGGGAUCAUCCUGGCGGGAUUCAGCCGAUCCGCGGGACGCUCGCGCCGACAGACGCCACAGCCGUUCCUGCUCGUGAUGCUCGUGUCCGGAUUGGUGGAGGUCCAUGUGGGCGUGGCAGAGGGUGGAGCCGUGCACAAAGCCGUCGUCCAAUCACAGAACAGCUCCUUCAGUGACGGAAAGGAGCAUUCGCUCGUACUGCAGAGGAACAAAAGGUCGAUCUCAGUGCUGGUGGACGAGCAGAACCCGGUGGUUCUGAAGCUGGGCUCGUCUGCAGAGAAAGCUCUGGCUCUGGGCCGGCUCUUCUUCGGUGGUGUUCCUCCAGGAGAACGAGCUGUUGCUCCGGGAUCCUCCGACUCCUUCUAUGGCUGCAUCAGGAACGCAGCAGUGGACGGCACGUUGCUGGAUCUGUCCGGCGCACUGCACUACGAGCACGUGGACAUGAACAGCUGUUUACUGGAGGAGAGACCCAAACGUAUGCUUCUACCUGACGACCUGGAGGCGGAGCCGACCUCUGACCCCUCCACACGACCCCUGACCCCCGCGGCAGAGCUGAGCGCACUCACACCGGGCAGCAGCAGCUGUGCGGCCCCGGACCAAACAAACACCAUCCCAGAAUCCCGCCAGUUCGGACUGUCCCGACACAGUCACAUGAUCAUGGGCUUCAAGAAUAAGACCGUCAGAACCAGUUUCGUGGUGAAGCUCUCUGUGCGGACGUUCGCUCACAACGGGCUUCUGUUCUACAUGGCUAAUGCUAACCAGCAGGAUUACGCGGUUCUGCAGCUUCAGACGGGCCGUCUGGUUCUGUCAUGUGACCUGGGUCGAGGUCCCGCCAGCGCCACGAUCCCUGCUGGCAUCAGCGACGGCCUCUGGCACACCGUGAAGGCCGAGUUCAGUAAGAAGUCAGUGAUGGUCAGUGUGGACAGCAGUGACUCCGACCGCAUCUCCACUAAAGGACACACACUCGACGUCGAGGGGAAGUUGUACCUCGGAGGAAUUCCUUCCACAUACACAGCCAAGAGGAUCGGAAACGUCACACACAGUCUGGCAGCGUGUCUUCAGGACGUGACUCUGAACGGUGUGCGUAUGGACCUGAACGGGCCACUGGUGGCGGAUGGGACGAGCUCCUGCUUUAGUGGCGCUCAGGACGGGACCUUCUUCAGUGGAGGCGGAUACGCAGCUUUCAUGAAGGAGGGCUAUAACGUGGGCUCGGACGUGACGGUGAGUCUGGACUUCCGCUCCACGGCUCCCGACGGAAUUCUGUUGGGUAUCAGCAGCACGAAAGUGGAUGCCAUCGGCCUGGAGCUGAUCAACGGACAGGUGGUAUUCAGCGUGAAUAAUGGCGCGGGCCGUAUCUCGGCGACCAGCAGGAACAGCGGGUCCAUGUGUGACGGGCGCUGGCGGACCCUGGUGGCCAACAAGCAGAAGCACAGCUUGAGUCUGACCGUCGACGGCGUGACGGUGACCGUGGAGAACCCGUACUCAUCAUCCACAUCGGCCGAGACAAAAAACCCCAUCUAUGUGGGCGGACAUCCAGCUGAGGUGAAGCAGAACUGUCUUCGCACCAGAGAGUCGUUCCGCGGUUGCAUGAAGAACCUGCGCGUCUUCAAGGGUCACGUGACUGACGUCCUGGACUUCAGCGCCGCGUUCACACACACGCAUGUGUUUCCUCAUUCCUGCCCUGCAUAAAACCGUAAUUAAUCUUGUCCUGAGAAUAAUCCUAGAGAUUUUACCCAAAAGGUAAAAUUUUACAAUAAGGUCUCAUUUGUUAACAACUUUUAUUUUUGAAUAGUAAAAUCAAAUUGUUAAUUUUUAUGUUAGUUCACAGUGCAUCCAUUUGAUUUUAAAAACGUUUAACAUUUAAGAGUUUUACAUUGUUCAAGUUAACUGAAACCUUAUUGUGACGGUUUACCAGGUUUGAUACUUGUUAAUAAAAUGCAACUCAUUUCUUA